AUGGGAAGACUCGAUGGAAAGAACUGUAUUGUUACUGGAGCCGCUGGCGGUAUCGGCCUCGAAACAGCAAUUCUGUUCGCCCAGAACGGUGCCUCUGUCAUGAUGUCAGAUGUCAAUACGGGUCAAUUGGAGAUUGCACUCGCCAAGGCAAAAAAGCUUGUCCCCGGAGCUAGAAUCGAGUCCCAUCAAGCCGACGUUUCAGUAGAGCCUGAGGUCGAGAAUCUGGUGGCAGCGUUAGAUAGUUGGGGUGGGGUUGAUGUUAUAUUCAAUAACGCUGGUAUCAUGCACAUGGAUGAUGGCGAUGCUAUCAGUUGUACGGAGGAUGUCUGGGAUCUGACGCAGAAAAUUAAUGUUAAAGGCGUUUGGUACGGUUGCAAACAUGCCGUUCUGUCAUUCCGCAAGCACAACAAGAAAAAGGCAUCGGUCAUCAACACCGCCUCUGUUGUUGCUCUCGUCGGCAGCGCUACUGCACAGGUGGCAUAUACCGCUUCUAAGGGCGCAGUUUUGGCAAUGACGAGAGAAUUGGCCAUGGUGCAUGCUAGAGAAGGUUUCCGCUUCAACUCAUUGUGCCCAGCUCCCCUAAAUACUCCACUCCUCCAGAAUUUCUUGGGCGACGAUCAAGCAAAGCGCCACCGCCAUGGUUGUCUUUUGGCAAGCGAUGAGAGCAGCUUCGUCAUCGGCCAGGAGAUGAUUGUUGAUGGUGGCAUGACAAGGGCUUAUGUCACUCCGGAGGGACCAUCAGUCCCAGCACCUCUGAACAACGCAUUUGGUCGUUGA